GUUGAUUACAUGCCUUUUCAUCAUGGCUAAAGCCAAAGCAAAGGGCAAGAAGGAUUCUGCUGGUGGUGCGCACAGCCACAUUCGCGCACGGAUCGAUUAUCUCUACAACGCGGCCACCUUUCUACAAUCAAUAAGGAAACCAUCCCCGCAGCAGCCCUCCGUCAGUCAACAAAAUGACCAAAUCGAUGAAGCAGAGGAUGGCGCCAAAUUGCAAGGAACGGAGCGCAUAGUACCGCAAAUGGUGGAAUCUGAUGUUUCGCCGGCGAAUGAGCCGACUAAGCCGAUUAAUCCAUCGACGACACAGCGACUGCCUCAACUCUCCCGGGUCUAUAUGUCGCAAAUGCGCGGUGUCUCUCUCAAGUCGCAGCUUCGGCUACCCAUCGACGUCAAGAGGUCUUUCUGCAAACGCUGCGACACGUUUCUAAUUCCUGGAGUGACCUGCACGCAGGAAAUCAGAAACGCCAGCCGCAGCCGCAAGAAGCCAUGGGCGGAUGUUCUAGUUGUCUGUUGUUCUACGUGUGGGACGGAAAAGCGCUUCCCUCAAACGGACAAGCGGAGCAAGAAGUUGUCUGAGCGUCGGAAAGAAGCGUCCAAGGAGGAGCAAAAGGAUGAAGUGAUGGCGGGUGCUUGACCACAUAUCACGAAUAUCCGAUAUCCCACCUUACAUCUGCCCUGCAUCGUCAGUCGCCUACCCUCAAUUUGCAGCGGACGCCAAGUAGCCCACCGUCAUGGAUCGAUCGGUCCUGGCUGUUGACCUAUCUGCAGCCUUUGGGACCGGAAACGAUAUCUACCGGUAUGAUGGGGGCGAGGGCGAAGAGGCUUCUACGCAGUAAAUCAACCUCUGUGUACUCUGGUGUAAAUAUGUAUGGCACCACAACUCGGGAGAUGAAUGAGCACUGGGCGCGCGUCACACGCAGCAGGUUCGAUAGUAUUUGGCGCAGGAGAUGAAAUGUCCGCCACAUAUCGACAAGGCCUUGUAG